CACCAACGUUGCUCUUCCCCGAAUGCGCCGCUGCGCUGGACCGAUGCCUCCGACGUUACCGCGUCGAUAGAAAACAUUUCGCACCGUCUACUCGUGGGGCCCCCAGAAAAAGAAAGAAAGAAAAAAAAAAUCCCGUUUUCUAUGUAGUCCACGGCCCGCCCGGACCAACUGACUGUCCCGGCUGGAGACCACGAGACAUGGACUGGACCGCGAGCAGCCGGGCCCUGGUGCGGUGCGUGUUAGCGCUGCUCUGCUGCGCUGCGCUCCCACAAAAGGGGUUUUGCAGUGCCGGCACAGUUUCCCUUCCUGAAAGCCUACUCUUUGUGUCCACCCUGGAUGGAAACCUGCACGCUGUGAGCAAGAAGUCAGGCUCUAUCAAAUGGACCCUGAAAGAAGAUCCAGUUCUUCAGGUCCCCACACAUGUGGCGGAGCCAGCGUUUCUGCCUGACCCAAAUGACGGCAGCUUGUACUCUAUGGGAGGAAAGAACAGCGAAGGCCUCACAAAAUUGCCGUUCACUAUCCCUGAGUUGGUCCAAGCGUCUCCUUGCCGCAGUUCUGAUGGAGUGCUUUACAUGGGUAAGAAGCAGGACUUGUGGUAUGUGGUGGACCUGUUGACUGGUGAGAAACAGCAGACCCUGACUUCCUCCUUUGCUGAGAUGCUGUGUCCUUCUUCAUCCCUUCUUUAUCUGGGACGCACAGAGUAUACCAUCACCAUGUAUGACACCAAGAGUAGAGAGCUGCGCUGGAACGCCACCUACUCUGACUACGCCUCUACCCUUCCUGAUGAUGACACAAAAUACAAGAUGGCUCACUUUGUGUCCAACGGCGACGGCCUGGUGGUGACUGUGGACAGUGACUCUGGAGACAUCCAGUGGGUGCAGAACUACAACUCUCCAGUGGUGGCCAUGUACAUCUGGCAGCGCGAGGGCCUCCGCAAAGUUCCCCACACCAAUGUGGCUGUGGAAACCCUGCGUUACCUCACUUUCAUGUCUGGAGAAGUUGGCCGCAUAACCCAGUGGAAAUACCCAUUUCCCAAAGAGAACAAGCCGAAGAAUAAGUUCAUGGCCACUUUGUAUGUGGGUAAAUACUCGACCAGUCUAUACGCCUCUCCCUCCCUGGUGCAUGAUGGAGUCACUGUGGUGCCUCGUGGCAGCACCUUUCCCAUGCUGGAGGGUCCUAACAGCCGGGAAAAUGAAGAGGACAAGGAGUGUGUCAUCACACCCAGCACAAGUGUCAAGUUCAAACCUGCACUUCGGGAGCGAAACCGCAUCAACUUCAUGAGGAACUACCUGCUCCUCAUAGGUCAUCACGAGACGCCGCCUGAAGCUCGCACCAAGAUCCUGGAGAAGUUCCCCGACAGCUUCCCUCGCAAACAAGGCAACGUCAUUCCUCCUACCACAGAAAAGAAAGUAGAGGAGAAGGUGAAUGACAGUGGUAUGGAUGACGGCCCCCCUUCUCCUCUGCCUGAAACAUCCAUCCAAGAACCCGGGGUCGGUGGUCGCACUAUGCGUCCAGAAGCUCCCGUGGACUCUAUGCUCAAAGACAUGGCCACAAUCAUCUUCUCCACCUUCCUGCUGGCUGGAUGGGUGGCCUUUGUCAUAACAUACCCUAAAAGUGUACACAAGCAGCAGCAGCUGCAGCACCAAGAAUUUCAGAGACAGAUGGAGGAGAGGUUGGAGCUGCUCCAGAGACAGCAGCCGUUUCCCCCCGCAGACGUGGGCUUGGGCUUGGCCCCGGACAGCGACUACCUGGAGGUGGCCCGCACCCGCUCCGAAUGCUCAGACCACAGCAGCCCCAACGUCACCCCCCGCGCCUCCAACCACUCCAAUUUGUCUGUGUCUGAGUUGGGCAGUUCGGCCAAUGAGCACGAAGACGGAGAGGAAGAAACUAAUAUUGCCAGAGUGGGCAACAUAACUUUUCAUCCCAAAGAGGUCUUGGGUCAUGGUGCUGAGGGCACCAUCGUGUACAAGGGUCAGUUUGACAACCGUCAAGUGGCAGUAAAGAGAAUUCUCCCAGAGUGCUUCAGCUUUGCGGACAGAGAAGUUCAGCUGCUGCGGGAGUCAGACGAACACCCGAAUGUCAUCCGCUAUUUCUGCACAGAGAGGGACCGUCAGUUCCAGUACAUCGCCAUUGAGCUCUGCGCUGCUUCGCUUCAGGAGUAUGUGGAGAGAAAAGAUUUUGACCGUCAUGGACUAGAGCCAGUCAUGCUGCUUCAACAGACCAUGUCAGGACUGGCCCAUCUGCACUCUCUCAAUAUAGUUCACCGAGACCUGAAACCCCACAACAUCCUGGUGUCCAUGCCCAACGCCCACGGCCGGGUCCGGGCCAUGAUUUCAGACUUUGGCCUGUGUAAGAAGCUAGCAGUGGGCCGCCACAGCUUCAGCAGACGCUCUGGGGUGCCAGGCACCGAAGGGUGGAUAGCCCCCGAGGUUCUCAGUGAGGACUGCAAAGACAACCCUACCUGCGCCGUUGAUAUCUUCUCUGCGGGAUGUGUGUUUUACUACGUGGUGUCUCUGGGAAGCCACCCCUUUGGCAAGUCUCUGCAGAGGCAAGCAAACAUUCUACUCGGCACCUACAGCCUCGAUCAUCUACAAACUGACAAACAUGGGGACUUUGUAGCCAGGGAUCUCAUAGAGAAGAUGUUGAGCAUGGAGCCCCAUCAGAGGCCUUCUGCUGAGAGUGUUCUCAAACACCCAUUCUUCUGGAGCCUGGAGAAGGAGCUGCAGUUCUUCCAGGAUGUAAGCGACAGAAUAGAAAAGGAACCGCUGGACGGACCAAUCGUGAGACAGCUCGAGAGAUGGGGGAGGGCGGUCGUCAAGGGUGACUGGAGAGAGCACAUCACAGUGCCUCUGCAGACAGAUCUGCGGAAAUUUCGCUCUUAUAAAGGGGGGUCGGUCAGAGACCUGUUGCGUGCAAUGAGGAACAAGAAACACCAUUACCGAGAGCUGCCUUCUGAUGUGCAAGAGACUCUGGGUUCUAUCCCUGAUGACUUUGUCUCCUACUUCACCUCCCGCUUCCCCCACCUGCUGAUGCACACCUACCUGGCCAUGUGGACCUGUGCACCUGAGAGGUCAUUCCUGCCUUACUACUCCACUGCGAUGAAGCUUGCAAAAACACAGGCCCACUACGCACAAUAUAGGCCAGAAAGACUAAAUGAACCCUGCACUCAAGACCUGCCAGCUCACACGUCACUGACCUCCUCACAACCCAAGGAACCUACACAUUCAUCACAGCCAGUGCAGGCCUGUCACAUAACGCCUGCUGAAUCACUACCCUCCAUAUCACCGGACGAGCCUGUUCAGACAGAGUGGCCAGCAGCGCCAGCACUGUCUACUGACUUACACAGUCAAACAACGAACGCCACAUUUGCCCCAGAAUCGCUUACAGUUUCUCUCGGGCAAAGGGAAUCCAUUCAGUCCGAAAUGAGCACACUGCCAAAACCUGUUACGCAGGACAAUGAUCCAGUGUGAACUGGGGUCAGUCGGACCCAGCACAGACCGGAGCGUUGCCUCCGACACAAAGUGGGAUGUAGUUGCUGAGCUUUGAGCUGCUGAGGACCAGGCCUGCAGUGCCUGGGAUCCACUGCCAGGCGCAGCAGCUGCACCUCCCUGCUUUAAGUGCCUUCUGCUCACCUGGGUUGAAAUGUUCCCUAACAGAGCCGUCCACAAAUCUGUCUCUGCCCAGCGGAAGGCGGAUGCCCAGGAAGGGUGAUGGUGGACAUUUCCUUGUAGCUGGACUGAGCAAAAACAUGCCUGGGUAUUGUUGAACACGUGGGUAUUUUUAUCGUGCAAUGUUGUAUUUCUGAGUGAGCCUGUUCACUGCACAGAUACUGUUUGUAUAUUUUUGUAUAGACCGAUUCAGAAUUUGAAUCAUCAAUGAUAAAUCAUUUAAAGUGGCCGACGUGCCUUUUUUCUUUUCUUUUUUUAAACAUCACUGUUCUGUAUGGUUACAGAUCUUUAAAAUUGACUAUGCUAAAUGUGCUUGAUUCCAGUUAAUGCUGCUAGACUGCUUCUCUUUCGUCAAUUGUGCUUACUGAUUUGGAGUCAAGUAAGAGUGGACUGUUCCAAAGGGUGUUCAGGGUGUCAUCUGAACACAGUAGGUAAUUUAAUCCUGAUGUGAUUAUGUGGUCAAAUAUGAGUUUAGAGGUCAGGCUGCAGAAAGCUUAUGUGUAAUAACUUCCAAGGGUCUCAAAGUAAGGUUAAUGACAUGCACAUUAAAUUCUAUUUUUUAUACUGACUGUUUUUGCAUUGCUUUGGAUGCAUUUCGUUAAUGGAAAUCAGGAAUGACAAAUAAAAGCGGUACCUUGAAGAGAGGGCCUAAAUCAA